ACACAAUAUUUUGAGAGAUAACAAGUUGACCUAAAUAAGUUAAAAGCAACCUCAUGUUGCCCCUUCAUUGAACCAUCCAUGUGCCUCUUCCAGCCAUUCAAUGGCCAACAAAUACAUACACUUGUCCUCUCUUUUUUAACUUGUCAGCAACCUCCUGUUUUCCCUUAUAUUUUCAACAUCAAUCAAACAACGACUCAGUCAUGGCUUCAUAUCUCUCCACUCUGGUGAGAAUCGGCCAUGAAAGCAACCAUGCAAUGCGCCUGCGAUCGCCUUCGGGUCUCGCCGGAGCCUCCAUUGAUCCGGGCAUAAGAAGAAGAAGAAGAAGAAGACGACCAAUAUUUGGUGUUAAAGCCGCGGCUAAUUACUGGGAUGCUUGGAAACCUGACCAGGGUUCCAAGGCUCCUUCACUUAGCGACGUGUUUUGGCCCUCUGCAGGUGCAUUUGCAGCCAUGGCUAUGUUGGGAAAGAUGGACCAAGUGUUGGCUCAAAAGGGAGUUUCGAUGACAAUAGCACCACUUGGAGCUGUUUGUGCGGUUCUUUUUGCAACCCCUUCUACCCCUGGUGCUCGGAAGUACAAUAUGUUUAUGGCUCAAAUGGGUUGUGCAGCAAUUGGAGUGUUAGCGUUCUCAUUUUUCGGUCCGGGUUGGCUCGCUAGGAGCACCGCGCUCUCAGCAUCACUAGCUUUCAUGAUCUAUUUCCGUGCCAUUCAUCCACCGGCUGCAAGUUUGCCUUUGUUAUUUAUUGAUGUGGCCAAGUUUCAUCAGUUGAAGUUUUGGUAUGUUUUGUUCCCGGGUGCAGCUGGAUGCCUACUUCUGUGUUUGAUUCAAGAAGUGGUGUGUUACAUGAAAGAUAAUGUCAAGUUCUAAGUGAAUGACAACUGGAAUAUCGAAAAAAAUGACAACUUGAUUCAAAUUUGAGAAUGGGGAAAGAAGGAUAUUCAUGUGCUUUGUUCCUCGUGUGAAUGAUUUUUCAAUUGUUAUGAUAAAUCAAAGUUGUACAUUAUGGCCCAUCAAUUCACUGGGCCCAAUAUAAGUGAUAUGCGCUUCAUAUAAUAUUUGUAUAUAGAGCCUAGAGUCCUAGACAAAGAGUUGCAAACACAAAAUGACAAAAGUAUAAAAGGCAGCCUUUUAUUGACCGAUAUUAAAUCUUUGAAAAUAAA